CAGUCUCUCCUCAUAUUUUGCUCCAUUCCACUAAAACUUUUACCCUAAAUCCAUCCUCCACAACGGCGUUCAUCAUCGUCAUCCUCCAUCCAUCAACCUUCAUCGUCAAUCGCCGUUCACCAGGCCAUCUUCCGUCGUUGUCCAUACUACAUCGCCGUUAUUCAGGUUGUUGGUUUAUUCGGACCUGCAGUCGAGAAAAUGGAUCCACCUCCAAGCACCGAAAUGAAGUCGACAGUACUAUAUCCAAACCAAAAAGGUUUCCAUUACUCGUUGAGGGAGUCCUAUGAGGAUGUAUGGCUACAAAAGUUAGAGUCAUGUGUCGCCAACUCGAUGACGCACAUGCUAACCAUCCUCCACCGUAAGGCAUCAGGCAACAAUAACCUACGGUUGUCGCCAAAUGCUAUUUUAAGCAUAAUGACUCCGAAUGGCAUUGAUGUUGUAGAUGCAGCGAAUAUAGCUAAAAGUGGAGGGCUUGAAGAACACGAGGAAGGCCAACCCAUAUAUGAGAAGGUCGAGAAUUUUCAAUACAAAGACAGUACAAGAUAUAAACUCAAGGAUUUCAAGUUUGUUUCUGGACAUUACAACGUUGUUUGCAAGUUAGCAGAAAACUUUGGUCCAGGUGGUCGUCGUUACCCAUUGAUAGGAUAUUGUCAUCCAAUGGGUUCGUUUGCACAGACUGCAGUAGCUUCCGAAACGAGUAUGCAAAACCCUUAUCAUUGGGGUGCAUUCAAUAGCCCUGAUGACGCCCGUCUACGAAAGCUACAAAAUGAAAGCGACAUAGUCAGCACUAAAGUUCUCGAUCAUGCGAUGUUAAUUACUGGAUUAUAUACUAUGGCUGACAAUCCUAAAGUAAAGGACUUUAGCGUCGAGGUAAAGAACUACUCAUUGGGACCAAAAUGGGCCACUAAUGCAUACGCUUGGGUAACACCAGAUGUAUUCAACUUCAUUGGUGUACCGGAGAUGGAGGACGAUAAUAUGAUCUUUGAUUAAACAGUUGUUUAACCUAACAUCACUUGCAAGUUCUUCAUCGUUGUAAUUUUUUUUUUUUUUGUUGUUUGCGGAAACUAGUACUUGAUUAAUUUGUGGUGUUUAAUGCUUUUCAUUUACAUUGCUAGAGUUUUGCCACAUA